AUGACUCGUCUCAAAAAAGACUUCCCAGCAGUCCGCGCCUGCAUCUUCGACAUGGACGGCCUCCUCAUCAACUCCGAAGACAUCAUCACCCAAUCUACAAACAAACUCCUAGCAAAGUACCACCGACCGGCCUUCACUCGAACAAUCCGGGCUCAGCUCAUGGGCGUCCCGGACUCGACCAGCAGCGAUGCGUUCCACGACUGGGCGCAGUUGCCUGUCCCCCGCGAGCAGUUCGCCGGCGAGCUGCACGAACAGAUGCGCCGCGACUUCCCCACCUGCACCCCACUACCUGGCGCCGAGAAGCUUCUAUCGGACCUCAGCCGCGCACGGAGUGUUGUGUCUUCCUCUUCCUCUUCUUCUUCUUCCAGGGACAGAAUUGCGCUAGCCUUGGCAUCCAGCACCAAAUCUCAGAGUUACGAGCUCAAGAUCACACGGCCAGAAACGAGGCGUCUGCUGAGCUUCUUCCCGCCGGGUUGCCAGAUUCUCGGGGAUGACCCACGGGUGCGAGAGGGGCGAGGGAAGCCCGCGCCCGAUAUUUACUUGGUUGCCCUGCAGGCGUUGAAUUCGGCGGCGGAGCAGGGUGCGAGGCCGAUCUUGCCGGAGGAGUGCCUGGUCUUUGAGGAUAGUCUGGCGGGGGUGGAGGCUGGAAGACGAGCGGGGAUGAGAGUUGUUUGGGUUCCGCAUCCAGAUGUGGCGAAGGAGUACCGGGGUAGGGAGCCGGAGGUGCUGGCGGGGAGAUCGGGGAUGUUUCGGCUCGAGGACGAGUGGCAGCUAGGCGAGAUUGACGAUGGCUGGGCGGAAUGUAUACCGAGCUUGGGGCAUUUUGAGGCUGGGAAAUACGACAUCCAGAUGUCAUGCUAA